AUGUCUCGCCUUUCCCUCUCCGACACCGACAAACAAGCUCGAGACUGGUUCGCCAGUACCACAGAAAGUCUCGGUUGUACCGUCACUGUCGACUCCAUGGGAAACCAAUUCGCCAUUCGCCCAGGCUUGAAAGACGGUGCUCCCACGGUCGCAGGCAGCCAUCUCGACACCCAACCCACAGGAGGUCGCUACGACGGUAUCCUCGGUGUCACCGCUGGCAUAGAAAUGCUAAGAACACUGCACGAAAACGAUAUCAUCACAACAUUUCCUGUGGGAGUGGUCAACUGGACCAACGAGGAGGGAGCAAGAUUCCCCAUCUCCAUGGUGAGUUCAGGGGUCUGGGCCGGCGAGAUUGCACUCAACCAUGCCCAUGACCUCAAAGAAGUUGGUUCUGGCACCGCAACCAUGAAGAGCGAAUUACAGCGUAUAGGCUACUUGGGAGAAGUUCCCUGUAGCCAUGAAGCCAUACCUCUAGCCGCACACUUCGAACUUCAUAUCGAACAAGGCCCCAUCCUCGAAGCCGAAGCCCGCAAAAUCGGCAUUGUUCAAGGCGUGCAAGCGUAUAAAUGGUUUACUGUCAGUGUACGCGGCGCCGAUUGCCAUACAGGCACAACCUCCUUCUCUCACCGCGCAGACGCCCUCCUAGCAGCAAGUAAAAUGAUCAUCUACAGCCAUCGCGCAGCAGCACGAAAAGGCGCAUUGGCAUCUACAGGGAUACUUACCCUUAAACCUGGCAGCACAAAUACCGUCCCUGGCACCGUGGACUUCUCACUGGAUAUCAGGAGUCCAGAAAACGAUAUCGUGGCACAAGUGGAACAAGAUUGCCGAACAGCAUUUGCGAGUAUCGCCGCUGGCCACAAUAUCGACGACCUGAACAAAGACUUCAUCCCCUCCUCGAAAUCUUGCACAGUGGACUGGAAACAAGACACUUACUCUCCAGCCACAAAAUUUGCUCCCGAAUGCAUUUCCUGUGUUGAAGAAGCUGCUGUUUCCAUCUUUGGAGACAAGACAGAUGCAUUGACUAAACCAAUGACCAGUGGAGCUGGACAUGAUAGCGUGUACACCAGCAAACGCGUCCCUACGACCAUGAUUUUCGUGCCGAGUAGAGAUGGGGUUUCUCAUAACCCGGUCGAGUUUACAAAGCCUGAGGAUUGUGCGUUGGGCGCGCAGGUGUUGAUGCAGAGUGUUUUGAGAUAUGAUCGACGAAGAGCUGAAGGCAAGGUUUGA